ACCCCGAGCGCACACACACACACACACACACACACACUCCCUCUCUCUCUCUCCCUCUUUCUCUCUCUCUGUCAUCCAGAUUGUGGCAAACGGAGAGACAAGGACAAAAACCCAACCACGAUCACUGAGAGCUACGCUACAGGUUGUUGUCCAGGAUGGCAGGGAUGAAGGAACAGCAGAUCACAGAAGAGAAGCCCCUGCUGCUGGAGCAAAGAGGAGCAGAUGCAGACAUGCAGGAUAAAGGAGAGGAGGCAUCGGUGGGACUCCCGUGCCCCGAAAGCCCCGCACCCCCUAAUGAACCCCCUCCCCCCCGCCGCCCCACUCACCGCUGGCAUGCCUUCGCACGGCACUGGCUCCGCCAGACCCGCCGUCGGACCAGCGGGGUCCUCCCGGAAUGCCCUGAACAACUGAUGCCACCAGGCGACUGGAAGGAACAUGAUGUGGAGACCCCUUACGGGAUGCUGCAUGUGGUGAUCCGAGGCGCUCCCAAGGGCAACAAGCCUGCGAUCCUCACCUACCAUGAUGUGGGAUUGAACCACAAAAUGUGCUUCAAUCCCUUCUUCAAUAACGAGGACAUGCAGGAGAUCACCAAGCACUUUGUGAUUUGUCAUGUCGACGCCCCAGGACAACACGUCGGAGCUACGCAGUUCCCACAAGGGUACCAGUAUCCCACCAUGGACCAGCUGGCUGGGAUGCUGCCCACUGUUGUGCAGCAUUUUGGAUUCAAGAGCAUCGUUGGGAUCGGAGUCGGCGCUGGAGCUUAUAUUCUGGCCAAAUUCGCUCUGUUGUUCCCUGACAUGGUGGAGGGUUUGGUUCUGCUCAACAUCGACCCGAACGGCAAAGGAUGGAUUGACUGGGCUGCCUCCAAGCUGUCGGGUCUGACCAGCACCAUCCCAGACACUGUGCUGCCACAUCUUUUCAGCCAGGACGAAAUGGUGAACAACACAGAACUGGUUCAGAGUUACCGACAACAGAUAACCAACUCCAUCAACCACCAAAACCUCCAGCUUUUCUGGAACAUGUACAACAGUCGGAGGGACCUGGAGAUGAACCGUGGUGGGACAACGAUUAAUGCCAAGACCUUGAAGUGUCCAGUGAUGCUGGUUGUGGGAGACAACGCUCCUGCCGAAGAGGGAGUGGUUGAGUGCAACUCCAAGCUGGAUCCAACCAACACCACCUUCCUAAAGAUGGCUGACUCUGGUGGACUGCCACAGCUCACGCAGCCAGGGAAGCUGACUGAAGCCUUCAAGUAUUUCCUGCAGGGAAUGGGCUACAUCGCUAAUGUGAAGGAUCGGAGGUUAAGUGGAGGGCCAGUGCCCUCUGCCAGCAUGACCCGCCUGGCCCGCUCCAGGACAGCCUCCCUGACCAGCGCCGGCUCCGUGGAGGGGUCCCGCUCCCGCGCCUGCACCAACUCCGACAGCGGCGAGGGUGUCGGCGCGGUCUCCCAGACUAUGGAGGUGUCCUGCUGAGGAGCCACAGAGAAAAGGGAGGAAGAGGGGUAGUGGCGGGUGGAGAGGGGAGAAGAGGAUCAAAAAUAAGGCUUGAUGAUGAGUGUCAGCUGGCGGCUUUCUCUCUCUCGCUGUCUUCAUCUUUGUCUGCCAUCUUCUUCCCCUUG